GCAUAUAAUGUAUACACACACACAAUGUAUUUACAAAGUGAAUCAAAGACUUGGACUGGGGGCUCCAGCCAGCGGGGCUUCGGGAGAGGCCGCCUACAGGAGGCAGAGGAGGCCCUAACACCUUGCAUUUUGCAGAUAGUGUAUAUCAGAGGGCGCAUAUAAGUAAGUUAAGGAGAGGGAUUGAAGAGAGUGGCGAUGUCACCGGACUGCUCAGAACCUUUGACCAGAGCUCCGUGACAUGGUCAGGAUCACACAACUCAUUGGGAUUUGACUUCCUGCUUGAGAGACCAUGACACUCUGCAAAGCAAUUUGGGAAUUAGGGAAAGCACUAACAACUUCAGGGGGGAAAAGGGUCAGGAAGCACAGGAGUUAGUGCUUGAGCUGAGUCUCGGAGGGGAUUGAGGAUCCCCAGAGGUGGAGGAGAUAAGGAAGGGAACAUUCCCUGAAGAUUGAGAGAAGUCGAGAGAUGGGACUGGGAGAGAGAUGACGUCUCUCCUCCCAUUCUUCUUGACUGUGAGUAAUUUGUUUUGAUGAUUGUUCUUUCCCGGAAUUCCCUCUUUUUGAAACAGAUCACUUUUCCUUCCUUAGGAGAGAAACCAUAAGGAUGAAAGGAAAUGAAGGGACCGAGACUUCUGCAUGUGGAUGGGGGGAAAACAAACUGAAGACGGGGACUAAAGAAAUCACUUAGUUUUAGAUGGAUUUCACAGGUAGCUUCUUGGCUUAAAUUUGCAAAAAUCAGGCAACCUUUCAGAUAGUUAUUCUGUGCUUAAUAAUGUGAAAAGAUUUAUGCUCUCAGAAGUGUCAAUGCCCCCCCCCCCCCCCUCCAAAAUCUUGGUAGGCCCCUUGAUAGGGUCAUGGGCCAAAGGGAGGCUCAUCUCUGAAACCUCUGGGACUGGGCCAGAGCCCAUCAGCUCUUCGAGGCGCUUUCCCCAAGGAAAGCAGAUGUUCCCAGAACAUCUGGACCCUGGAAUAGACAGAUGAGAUACUCAACCACAAGUGAUUUCUCCCUCACCCGAUUGUAGUAUUUUAAGUUCCUGCAGAGUUAUGGGGUCAGCUAGGUGGCGCUAUAGUGGAUAAAGCCCGGCUCUGGAGCCAGGAGGACCCAAGUUAAAAUCCAGCCUCAGGCAUUUGUCCUUGGGUUGCUGAGAGACCAGGCGAGCUACUUACUCAGACCGCCCCCCCCCACCCCAAUAAUACAGGUGUGCUCCAGUGGUUCGAGUGGAUCUCAUAGGCACCUGUUAGAAGUGCUUGUGGACAAGGAACAUGACCAAGGAGUGGGCAUGUGAUACUGAUUUGUUAACGUGCACAUCUUUACCUUUACGAUUAACUAAUGAUUUAAUGCUCUGACCAAUUAGGGGUCACCUCACUGCUGUCCUCCACACUGUUAAUGAGCAUUUCCUUAUUCCUCCUCUCCUUCCCCGGCAGCAUCUCGGAUUCUGUGGAACGGGCCCGGCAGCCUCUCGUCCUCUGGCCCUCACCUGGGCCCCUUUCGGCUGCUGCCCCCAUCCUUCCUCAUCAGAAAGCCCGCUAGUCUGGGCCCCAGAAGGUGGGCCCUCUCCUGCUGCCCGGCUGAGGGCCGAUGGUGAGGGGAGAGCAUGAUGUCUGCGACUCAAGCCUCUCUGCCGCUCCUUGGGGCCUCUGCAGAUGGAAGCUCAGGGGUCUGAGUAACUUCCCUGAGAUCCCCAGGGCUCGGCGGCAGAGCUGGGACGCAAACUCUGGGCCCUUAACCUUAGACCCACAGGAUGCCAGCUCAGGAGCUGGAAGGGACCCAACUUUGGUCUUCCAUGAAUGAGAAAAAAAGUGGGGUCCAGAAGUUUGCUGGUCCCAGGUCUAGGUGGAGAUGGGAUCGGAUCCAGGCCUGAGCCUCUAGGCAGCGCUUCUUGGCCUGCUGCAUCCUUCCCUGACCAUCUCUUGGGUUCUGCUACAAAGGCUGGGGGAGCCCUAACCAGUCAGGGGCGUGUCUGCACUCCUCGGUCACCAGACACUUGCACUGGCCGUGCCUCUUGCCUGGAACGCUCUCCCUCUCUGUCUCUGCCUCCUGGCCUCCUGAGGUCUCGAGAAGGCCCCACUUUCUGCAAGGAGUCUUUUCAGGUUUUUCUUAAUCUUGCAUGUUGCCUCCGAGACCACCCCCAGUUUAUUCUGUUUGUAGCUAAUUUUUGGGUAGUUUUCAUGCAGUCUCCCCCAUUAGGCUGGGAGCUUCCUGACGGCAGACACCAUUUCUUUUACUUUUCUUUGUAUCUCCUGAACUUAGCACCGAGCCUGGCGCAUAGUAGGUGCUUAAUAAAAAGUCAAUUGCUUGACUCCUGUGCCUGGGAAGGUCCUCCCCCUGCCGAGCCCCUCCAGCCAGGGGCAUCCUGCCUCCAAGUCCCAGCGGCCCCUCGGGAGAGGGCACGAAUGCUCUUGCGCCGCCCAGAGAGGUUGGAGGGAUGCCCAGGAUGGUCUCCCAGUAGCCUCCAGUCUCUUCCAGCAGCAGUUGCCCUUUCACCGGGGGACCCUUCUGGCUCUUAGCUGGUCCCGGGCUGAAGGCAGCGGAGCCUGGCACUCCCUCCACCCCAGCUUGGCAGGGAGAGGAUGUUAUGACCCCCCACGCCCAGCCCAGGAGGACUUGGUGCACUGUUGCCACUUGGCCUGGUGCUGACGCCUGAACCACCUCUGUGUUCAUUAUACACACACAGCUCAAGCCAAAACUCAAAAUGUUGCUUCAGCUGUUAGCAGUUAAUACUAGUUUGCUUGGAAAUAUUCUUGGCUCAUGAGCUCAAUAUGGCACAGCUCGGAGAGAGGGUUUUCUUCCCCUCUGUCUUGUGAUUGGGAGGCAAUGGUCCCAAGCAGGACAUUCCUGCUGGUGCUCUGGGCCUGGGCCUGGGGGCCCCACGGUGCUCACGGUCAGACCCACGAAGACAACGAAUUCCUGGAGGAUCCCAUCCUUUUUCUGAGGCCGGAGCCGGGCCAGGGGAGCCUCGACUGCCCCCGGGAGUGUGUGUGCACACAGGAGGGGGUGGUGGACUGUGGAGGGAUUGACCUCAGGGAGUUCCCUGGAGACCUUCCCGAGUACACCAAUCACCUGUCCUUGCAGAAUAACCAGUUGGAGAAAAUCUACCCCGAUGAGCUUUCACGACUCCACAGGCUAGAGACCCUCAACCUUCAGAAUAACCGGCUGACGUCCCGAGGGCUCCCAGAGGAAGCUUUUAAGCAGCUCACAAACCUGAACUACCUGUACCUGGCCAACAAUAAGCUGACCUGGCCCAGGUUUCCUGCCCAGCCCUGGUCAGCCGAACCGCCAACUUCCUACCAGAUCCCUGGGGCCACCUUCGGCCAGAAGCCAAACUUGAGGCGAGGGAGGGGGCCCCCCCCCGGGUCCGUCUACCUGCACAAUAACAAGCUGGCCGACGCCGGGCUCCCGGACAACAUGUUCAACGGCUCCAGCAACGUGGAGAUCCUCAUCAUGUCCAGUAACUUCCUCAAACGGAAAAUGCGCGCCCGGCCUCCGGCCCUUCUCGGGACUGCCCCCCCUCACGCCGCCCCCUCCCCCCAGAAUAACAAGCUGGAGAAGAUCCCGGCCGGGGCUUUCAGCGAGCUCACCAGCCUCCGGGAGCUCUACCUGCAGAACAACUACCUGACCAACGAAGGCAUGGACAACGAGACCUUCUGGAAGCUCUCGAGCCUCGAGUACCUUGACCUGUCCAGCAACAACCUGUCGGAAAUCCCCGCGGGGCUGCCCCGCAACAUCGUGCUUCUGCACCUGGAGAAGAACGCCAUCCGCAGCGUGGGGCCCGACGUGCUGACCCAGAUCCGCAACCUGGAGUACCUGCUGCUGCACAGCAAUAAGCUCAAGGCCAAAGGCAUCCACCCACUGGCCUUCCAGGGCCUGAAGAAGCUGCACACGGUGCACCUGUACAACAACGUCCUGGAGCGGGUGCCGGGCGGGCUCCCCCGCAGGGUCAGGACCCUCAUGAUCCUGCACAACCAGAUCUCUGGCAUUGCCCGCAACGACUUCGCCACCACCUACUUCCUGGAGGAGCUCAACCUCAGCUACAACAAGAUCACCAGCCCCCAGGUGCACCGUGACGCCUUCCGCAAGCUGCGGCUGCUCAAGUCCCUGGACCUCUCGGGGAACCUGCUGCAGACGCUGCCCCUGGGCCUCCCCAAGAACGUGCAGGUGCUCAAGCUGAAGAGCAACUACCUGGGAGCUGUGGCUCGCGGGGCCCUGGCCGGCAUGGCCCAGCUGCGCGAGCUCUACCUCACCAACAACCGCCUCAGGAGCCGGGCGGUGCCGCCGCGGACUUGGGCCGACCUCGCCAGCCUCCAGCUGCUCAACAUGGCCGGGAACCAGCUCACAGAGAUCCCAGAGGGGCUGCCCGAGUCCCUGGAGUACCUCUACCUACAGAACAACAUGAUUAGCUCCGUGUCUGAAAAUGCCUUUGAGUCGACCCCCAAUCUCAAGGGGAUCUUUCUCAGGUUUAACAAGCUGGCUGUGGGAGCCGUGAAGGAAAGCACCUUCAAAGGGCUGGCGCACCUGCAGGUGCUGGACAUCGAGGGCAACUUUGAACUGGGCGAGGGGUCCAAGAAUCGCAGGCGCCCAGAAGAGGAGGAAGAGGAGGAGGAGGAAGAGGAAGGCGAGGAGGAGGAGGAAGAUGAGGAAAUGAGAUAGCCAAGGGAGCAGGAUUGGCCCAGGACAGCGGAUGGAAAAUGAUGUCUCUCUCGGUGUCUGUGUAUUUAUACCCCGGAGCUUCCUCCCACCCAGCCGCCCAGCGUAGUCCCAACUACCCGGCCACACCCCCAGCCUCUCUCUGGCUCUCUGUCCCUCCCUCUGACUGACUGACUGUCUGUCUUUCUCUCCCUCCCUUCCCCCCUUUAAACU